AUGGAGGCCGGGGAUGGGGAAGAGGAGUUGACUGCGCAAGAGACAGCGGUAUACGAUCGGCAGAUACGUGUGUGGGGCGUGGACGCGCAGAAGAGGUGCGUCUCUUGCUUAUUUCGUCAGCUCCGACAUCUUUGUCAAUUGGAAUCGCCGGAGAGGAUACCAGUGUUUUGCCCCCGAAUUGCUGCGAACGCCGUAUAAUGUCCCUGGCUUUUCACGGACGUCGCCCUCGUACACUUGUUUGUCACCCGUCCUAGGUCGCUUCUGAUUUCUUUUUGGAUGUUUUCAAGGUUGAGCAAGUCGCAUGUCCUGGUUAGUCGAAUUACUGGUGCCGCUGUCGAGGUGAGUAAUCAAUUUGUAGCCAAUGCUAAAGUCUCUUCCUAUAUUGAAUUGUGAUCUUUCGUGAUUUUUCAAAAUGGGUUUUAAGCAAGAGCAGUGUCCAUGACAGAAGAACAUCGAAAUGCAUAGGAGUCAAAUCCUUUGAAUCCCAUUUGCUAAUAUUAUCAAUUGGUAAUGUGCAUGUAUAGAUAUGUAUGUAUUUGUGUACGUCUCAUAGAUGCUGAAGUAGGAGCCCUAUUGUAAAAUACGAUUGCUACUUGAGAAAUAUACGUUCUUAACUUAAAUAAACUGCACAGCUUUCUGUUGGUGACACUUUCGAAAUAUACUUUUUCCGGUUGGAUAUUUUAUUUCAACGUUUUCCUAGUCAUCUCCCUAUUGGUUGUUAUAAAAACUUCAUCUGGAAGUUAACUCUUUCAUGUUACUGUAGUUUUGCAAGAACGUUGUUCUAGCUGGAGUUGGAAGUGUAACCCUGAUGGACGACCGUACUGUGACAGAAGAUGCAAUUCAAGCAAAUUUCUUAAUUCCUCCAGAUGAGAACAAGUGGAAAGAGAGCUCCAUUGCGAAACUCUGCUGUGAUUCUUUGAAAGAGUUCAACCCAAUGGUCAAUGUUUCAGUUGAAAAAGGCAAGCUAUAUUUGUUCAUCAUCUGUUUCGGUGUUAGACAGUGGUUUUGAUUUUCAUGCUUUACAAAGAAAAAUGAUUUGCAAAAUAAUAUUCUAAUGGUCGCAAAUGUAAGUAGAAAGAAAUGAUCCUGUCUCGACUUUCUCUUCUCCCGAAAAGAGUAGACAUAAUAUAUUGGAUUUGGUGCUUUGCAUAGCCGAUGAACAGGAGUUACCCUUGUUGAAUGAUGAGGAUUUGGCUUCCAUUUCUGCAGAAAAUAUCCUUACCAGUGCCAAUACAUGUGGGUGUUGCUUCAUGCUUAGAAUGAGCUAUCCUGAUCUGGGCACAGGGCUGUGGAUUUUUAGUUUUUAGUGAUCAGGGAAAAACUGUUAGAAAAGUGAACAUACAACGUGGCUUUCUUGAUUGAACACUGACGGACUGCGAAUUCUAGUUAGUGUUCUGAAAUCAAAUCCAAGUUUGAGAAUUAGAUGGGUUAAAAUUCAAAUAUUCUCUGCACAUCUUAUGGUUAAUCUUCUGUUCUGAUCUCAUGCUUUUGAUUUUUUUUAAUUCUCCCUCGUAGAUCAAGGUUGGGUUGGGCAACUUAGUAUCACCUUAGAACUCAGAGAAGUGAAGAUACAGUCAAAUAAUAUGUCUAAGUUGCGACUCGUUCUUCUCCAUUCCAACUCGAACAAGAUUAUACAUAAAUUUAUUUUAAAAACAUUUCUUUUGAAAAACAAUCCUUUCUUCAGAAGGUUAUCUAAUGUGAAUGUGUAACAAAGAUUAUCAUCUUGAAUCAUCAAUCUGGAUUUCGAAUCAGUUAAGGUUGGACCUGAUCUUAAACCUCGCUAGAUAGCUACGUCAAAUGUCGAAACUGUCCUUGCAGAGUGUUUUUUACAUGCUAGUGCAUGUGGCACGAGUUGCUGGUGGAUUAAAUUUUCAUCAGAGCUCAUAUUUUCUGGGUUCUUUCUUACUAUCAUAUUGCAGGUUAACUUAUUAAUUGAAAAAUAGCUUGUAAAGUGCUUAUUGCACUUGGUUGAGGACAGGUUGAAUACUUUAGUGUGAUAAUGUUUAUUGCCGGUAGACUCCAGAUGCCAUGGAUUGUCUUCACGCAUUUUAUCAUGUCUUCAGGACUAUAUUUAGGUCACUGUUUUUUGAAAUUUAUGCUACUUUUUGUUGUUUUCAGGUGAUCUGGCAGAUUUUGAAGAAGAGUUCUUUGACAAGUUUGAUGUCAUAGUUGUUAGCUCUUGUUCUCUUGCUAACAAAGUAUGGACUCUUCUCUCCCUCAGUACUGCCAGUAUCCUAUUUGACAACAGAAUGAUAUAAUUUUUUUGUUUUUGUUGAAACGUAUAUUAUUUUCCAUCUUUUUGGCUGUCUGCAUCAUUCUCAACAUUUCUUAACCUUGAUCUAUUGCAUAGAAUAAGCUCAAUCACAACUUGCGGUUUCUCUGCUUCUCACAGAAAAAAAUUAACAACAGAUGUAGAAGGAGACCAAAGCGCAUUGCAUUCUAUACGAUUGACUGUAGGGGCUUAUGUGGUGAAAUAUUUACUGAUUUGCAAGACUACACAUAUGGACAGGUAAUAUUCUUCAUUGACCUAGUAUUGCUACUUUCUCAUCUGUAAUGAUGUUGUUUACUGGACUUAUUGCGGACUUAACUUUAUCAGGCCAACAGAUUGCUGAAUGUAUUCAUAGAAAUGGGAAAAACAUAUGAAUGUUUAAUUUUUUCUUUAGUUCUAUAGUUUCAUGUGGUGGUUAAAAUAAAUGUACAUUUCUGAGUGAAUUUGUAUUUAUUAUUUAUUGGUGAGAAGUUUUUUUUCAAGAAUGACAAUGUCAUUUUUUUGUAAGGGGUAGAUUUCGUUCUAAUGCUUGGGGUGUUGGAAUCAUGUCUGAACCAAUUUUGCAGUGGGGGGGGGGAUCUGAUCCACACUGGCAUAUAUGUGGGUUUAUAUUUUUGUAUAAUAUAUUUAAAACAGGCACCAAAUUGGACCAAAUCUAUCAAUUUUUGGUUCGAACUGUUUGAUUCUGGAGUAAAAGCAAUCGACUGAUUGACCGACUUGACCCAGCAUCACUCAGAUUGGGCAGUUUAUGGCAGGAGUGCUGCCGAAUAAGAGUAUGGAAAUGGUUGUCGGUAGUAGAGCACAUAAGAAGAGGGAAGGCAAAGGCAGAGAAAGAAGAAGAAGAGAAAGGGAGGGAAAAUAAACUCACCUGGAGACACUGCUAGUCUUCUUCUGCUGUUUCCAAUCAAUAUCACCUUAUUACCUUCUGGCAGAACUGCAUUAGUGAUUGGAUUUUUCUCUCCUCUCAGGAUGGACUACACCACGAUUUGCCCAGUUUUUUAAAUUCUUCGUUUGUUUUGUAGUUUUAAUAUCUACACAGAAAAUAUCUCCAGAAGAAUUCCUAGCAAAAUUAUCAAUCUUGGCAUUUAUUUUACAUGGCAGAUUAGUUUUAAAAAAAAUCAUGACGGCGAUGAUGAUUGUCUUCUUGGAAGAUCUAGAAUAUUUUCUGGUUAAACUGUGCUGUUUUUCAUUUCAAUUGAUUUUUUUCUGUUUGAAAUAUACUCAGUUUUUUCUUUUCUUGGUUACAAACUUUUGAUGGUCAGUUUUUCGGACAUAUUUUUGGAGGAUUGAGUUUUUUUGCAUUAUGUGGAGUUUCAAUUUGCAUAUAAUCUCACUUGUGUUUGUUUUCAACUUGCCAGAAGAAACCUGAUGGUGCCACAGAAUCCGAAAAGAAGUAUCCUAGCUUUGAGGUAUUUCCUUCAGCGUAAAAAAUUAUUUAAUAUUUCAUUUUCAUUCUGCUAGCCUGCAAUUUCACAAAGUUUAGGACUUCUUAUUUUAUUUUCCUAUGGAUCAAUAUUUAUUGAUCAGUCUUUAGCAAACAAUGUUUAUCUUAAGAUUUUGUACAUAGAACACUGUUAAUCUACCACAGUGGAAACGUCCGCACAUUAUUGUUUGUCUUUCUGACUUAUUUGUGGGACGGCACAUUAAUCUACCACUGAUAGUUUUGCAUUCUCGUGAGAAUUUUAUUCUUUCAUUAGAUCGAUUGUGGAGGUAUCUGGUAGGAUUCUAUCCCCCAGCGACGAAAGCUAGGGUAGAAUGAAAGAAAAGAAGGGGAACUAACAGAUUCAGAUAGAACAGAAAGGAAAAAAAAAGCUACACAGAGUCCAAACAGAAGGGGAAGUGGUUUGAGAAGCUUCCCCAUCCUCUCCCAGACUCUUCCGAGUCCUAAAUGUUUUCUCUCCUCCAAAAGAAAUGUCCCCCUCGUCUGUCCGAGGGGGUCUUAAUACCCUAACCUUACAAUGACCUAUUUGCCCCUCUCGUCCCCUUACUUCCCUACCCAUUUGCCGUCUUUUUCUGUCUUCGGCUAUAGGUCUUCAUUGGAGCCUUAUCAGUAUCCACUUUCAAAAAGAUCCUGUAUUUAUUAAUGCUCUUCAGAUGUGCACUUCUUUAUUUGUUAUUACAGUUUUUUCUUUAGCUUGCAUGUUGAUACACGAAGAAAUUUUGUUAUUUUUUUUAUUCAGGAAGCAAUUUCACUUUCUUGGCGAAGCCUUCCAAAGAAAGUAGCAAAACUUUUUUUUGCAUUGCGAGGUAUGUUCUGACUCCAAUUAUGCUAUCCCAAUUUUGGAUCCAUUGCUAGGAAGGCUUUAAGGUCGGAUGUUUUUGGUUGUAUGCUACAUUUCGUUGUAUCCUACUAUUAUAGUUUGUCAAAUCUUUGGAACAUUGUUGCUAGUGCGCUUUCUGGAUUUGAAGCGGUUACAGAACUAUGCUUAUGCUUUGUAUUUUCAUUUCCUCUAAUGGAAAUGACCUGAAAUUGUCCUUCUAUUUACACCUCAUACACCAAAUUCUUAUGAUCUGUGUGUGUGAUCUUCAUAUUUGUUUAUCUUUCUUGUUCUCUUCAUAUGGAGCGGUGUGAUAUUUACCUACUAUACGAGAGGUUUGUAAAUCGGAUGUUAAAUGAUGGGAUUGACAAUGUUACUCUCAUCGUCUGUUGAUACUUAGGGCGAAGAUAGAUUGUCCGUGGAAAAGACUUGUUUAGUUCAAUGAAGAUCUAUUUUCAACCAUUUCGUAUUCAUCUAUCCAUAGGUCGAGGUUGGUAUGUAGCACUGUUAGCACCUAGCAUUUCAGUUUACCCUGUCUGGUUACUAUUAACUUCAUGCUCCAAAAUUGCAUAAUAGCCUUGAUCGAAUACUUCCAGAAUGGCUACUUAGCUGGAUUUUAUCUUUCUUUGGUCUUUAUCAACCAUUCAUUUAGUCAUACACACCAUAAUAUUUUAUUUUAUUUAACAAAUAUCCUGCCAUAAAGAGGGUUAAGUAUCUUUUAAUAAAAAGAUCAGUAAAAAUCAUUGUACGUAUAAGGCAUUAUUUGGUCUUUUAUGCAUGGAAAUAUUUCAGGGAAAGGAACAGGUGAACGGAUGUAGGGAGAAAGGCUUUUACUUUUUAGUUUUCUUUCUUACACUUUACCCUCCCAUAUUUCCUUAACUGCAGUAAUUGAAAAUUUUGAACAAUCUGCUGGACGCAAACAUGGAGAGAUAUCAAUGUCAGAUCUGCCGGAUGUUUUGACUCUGCAGAAGCAACUGUGUGAGGCACAGGUAGCUUUCUCAUUUCUAGCUUGUUCUUCAAUCCAUUUUUGCUCAUUCUGACCUUAAUUUGGUAAAUGACAGUCGUUGAGUGAAUCUUUCAUUCCGGCAAGUGUUCUGGAACGUUUGCUUGCAGCAGGUGCUCGAGAACAUCCCCCUGUAUGCGCAAUACUGGGUGGAAUACUUGGCCAGGUACUUCCAAAAGACCAUCCCUGGUCAUUCCUGCAUUAGGGUUACUUCCAGAUCCAGCUUGCCUCUUUGUAUUCUGCUCUUAUGGAUCACUGCUUAAUAUGAUGUUCUCCUUGACCAUGGCCAGUUAAAUCUUUUGCUUUAAAAGUCAACGGAGCUUGUCUUCAUAGAAAUAUGGCCAAUUGGGUUUCUUAGUCUAGAUCGCUGUUUUAUCUAGGAAAUUUUAUCUGCAUUAUUUGAGAACUUUUGCUAAUAUUGGCCGGGCCGGGCCUGCAGAUCAUUGGCGUUAAAACGCCGUAGCCCGUUUAUCUCCAGGCCAAGUCCAACCCAUAAUUAGCAGCAAUGAAGAAGAAGGAACUAGGAAUGAUACCUUUCUUGCGUGGGUUUUUAGGUUUAUCUCCUCUAAGAUUCUCUGAAUUUUAGCGGCACACCCCUUCUCUUCUUUGCUAUUAACCCCUAAAACGUAUUUACUCUUACAAAUAAGCCCUAAAACUUGUGAAGAGGGUGCUGGGUGUCAAUUGGACCCUGGGUUUCUCUGGAUACGAUGUAGUAUCAAAGAAACUAUAUGUAAUAUGAAAAAACUAUGGUCAAUAUUCAAUUCGGGGCUAUCUACAGGGGGCUAGAACAGAAAGACCCGUAUUUUUCUCACACAUCGUGUGCCAUUUGGCUCGUUGAUGAUUGCUGCAGUUUCCAUGAUUUUGCUUUGGAAAUUUUUCUAGGAGGUCAUAAAAGGAAUAUCUGGAAAAGGAGACCCAGUGAAAAAUUUCUUCUUUUUCGACACCACGGACGGCAAAGGCAUCAUAGAGGACAUCUCCGCUGCAGACUGA